UCAGUCAGUACCACACCGACGUACAAGUGCUGCUCAGCGGACGUAUUCAUGCAUCUCCACAGAUUUUCUCCGACUUCUGCGUUCAUCAUAAACUCCGGGUGUUGUUGAUCGCCGUUAAAGACUCACGGACUGAGACCCACAACUGAAAUCCGUCUUCAGCACCUCCCCUAAAGCUGCAUCCGUCAUCUCUUCUCCACUAUCUGCCUGUAUCACUUCUCCCUGUUUCUACCAGCCUCUGUCUCGCUCUCUCUCUUUCUCUCUCCACCCCCACCCCCUUCCCGACCCCGAUGCCUAAGAACAGCAAGGUGACGCAGCGCGAGCAGAGCCAUGAGCACGUCACAGAGUCGGUGGCUGACCUGCUCGCACAUGAGGAGCCACUUGACUACAAGAGCAGCGCUCUGAAUGUCGGAGGGGCCGCCGGGAAGAAAGUCCCACAGAUAGAGGUGCCUGAAAAUGAUGGACGCCCUGCCUGGAACAGCAAACUGCAGUACAUCCUGGCCCAGGUGGGCUUCUCUGUGGGCCUGGGGAACGUGUGGCGCUUCCCUUACCUGUGCCAAAAGAACGGAGGAGGUGCCUAUCUGGUUCCCUACUUUAUCCUCCUCCUCAUCAUUGGCAUCCCGCUCUUCUUCUUGGAGUUGGCUGUGGGUCAGAAGAUCCGACGUGGGAGCAUCGGGGUUUGGAACUACGUCUGUCCCAGUCUGGGCGGGAUAGGGAUGUCCAGUUUGAUGGUGUGUGGCUUUGUGGGCCUCUAUUAUAAUGUGAUCAUCGGCUGGAGCAUCUUCUAUUUCUUCCAGUCCUUCCAGUAUCCUCUUCCAUGGAGUGACUGUCCAAUCAGAAAGAAUGGGACACUUGCCAUUGUGGAGCCAGAAUGUGAGAAAAGCUCAGCCACGACCUAUUUCUGGUACCGUCAGACUCUGAACACCACCAGCACCAUCGCAGAGAGCGGAGGUCUCAACAUCAAAAUGACCCUGUCUCUGCUGGUGGCCUGGAUUAUCGUCUGCCUCGCUGUCAUCAAAGGAAUCGCCUCGUCUGGGAAGGUGAUGUACUUCAGCUCUCUUUUCCCCUAUGUGGUGCUGUUCUGUUUCCUGGUUCGGGGUUUAAUGCUGAAGGGAUCAGUGGAUGGUAUCGCUCACAUGUUUACUCCUAAGUUGGAGAUAAUGCUGGAGCCCCAGGUGUGGAGGGAGGCAGCCACCCAGGUCUUCUUUGCCCUGGGUCUGGGGUUUGGAGGUGUCAUAGCAUUCUCCAGUUACAAUAAGAUAGAUAACAACUGUCACUUUGAUGCCGUGCUCGUCUCUAUCAUCAACUUCCUCACUUCUAUCCUGGCCACACUGGUAGUGUUUGCUGUGCUGGGCUUCAAGGCCAACAUCAUGAAUGAAAAAUGUGUCAUAGAGAAUGCAGAAAAGAUCCUGGGAUACCUCAGCUCUAACGUCCUGAGUCACGAUCUCAUCCCUCCACAUGUGAACUUCUCCCAUCUCACUACAUCAGACUACGCUGAGAUGUAUGGCGUCAUCAAGACGGUGAAAGAGGGCAGCUUCGGCCAGCUGGGUCUAGAGCCAUGUCUCCUGGAGGACGAGCUCAACAAGGCCGUCCAGGGCACAGGCUUGGCCUUCAUUGCCUUCACAGAAGCCAUGACACAUUUCCCAGCAUCUCCGUUCUGGUCGGUCAUGUUCUUCUUCAUGCUCAUCAACCUUGGACUGGGCAGCAUGAUUGGCACCAUGACCGGCAUCACCACACCUGUCCUUGAUGCCUACAAGGUCCAGAAGGAACUUUUGACAGUGGGUUGCUGCAUUGUAGCCUUCUUCUGUGGCCUGUUGUUCGUCCAGCGCUCAGGGAAUUAUUUUGUCACCAUGUUUGAUGAUUACUCUGCUGGACUGCCUCUCACUGUGGUGGUCAUCCUGGAAAAUCUGUCUGUCGCUUGGAUUUACGGCACGAAAAGAUUCAUGCAGGAUCUGGAAGACAUGUUGGGUUUCCGACCAUAUAAAAUCUACUUCUACCUGUGGAAGUACGUCUCUCCUCUGUUUCUCAUCAUACUCAUCUCAGCAACUGUCAUAGAGAUGGCCAUCAGCCCACCGGGUUACAAUGCCUGGGUCCAAGAGCUGGCUCAGGAACGAUUUCAGAGCUACCCUCCCUGGGCACUGGCCAUGUGCUUCACCCUCAUCAUAGUGGCCAUGCUUCCUCUCCCCAUUGUCUUCAUCGCCCGUCGCUUCAACCUGAUGUCAGAUGGCUCCAACAAACUGUCUGUCUCCUACCGUAAAACCAUGAUGAAGGACAUGUCCAACCUGGAGGAGCAGGACGAGGCCAGAUUCAUCCUUGGCGCUAAACCCGGCGAGAUGCCAUCAUCAGCGCCAGCACGAAAAGCCUACCUGACUCCAGGUCUGAAUAAACCUCUGGACCCCAACUCCCUGUCUCCAAACAGCUGCUAUGGGACGAGCUACCAGAACGCUGCCAUCAGCCCCACCACACCGACCACGCCGUCUACACCGAACACACCAACCACACCAGAGUCUGACUCUUGACUGCUGUCCAAGCACAGUUUCAUCCAUGAAGUCUCCACAGGAGGUCACUGCAGCACAGAGAAUCCCCACCACUCCUCUACGAACAACACAAAACUGCAUGUAGCAAUUUAUUUGAACACAGCACUUCACAAAAUAACACCAAGGAACCAGACGCAGCAGGACAAAAAGCAUUCACUCUUUAAUAGUAGAUCAAACACUGAAACCAGGUUCAGAUUGACAGUGGCACACUGUACAUCUGUAUCUCUGCUAUGUUUAAUAUCACCCCCACACACACACCCACACACACACUCACAUACAGAGUUAAAUGCACAGUGCAGAACUGAAAGAAUGAAUGUAGAGGAGCAGCUGUGGUCCUGCCGAAUGAACUGGCUUUCAGCAGUAUACUGGUACAGAACGUCAAGAUGAAUGUUAAUCCAAAUACUUUAAGUUUUAAAGCCUGUCAGUGUUAGCAUUGCUCCCCUCCAUAAUGGAACUGUGUGUUAAAGCCAUACAGUCUAACACAAAAGAAGUUAUGUUCUACUUGGUCUUAUUCAGUGAUUUUGGUGAGUACACACACUAGGUCUGUGUAUGGUAAACUAUACUUAAGGCUGCUCUAAAGACAUUCAUUUAUGUUUUAUUCUCUUCUGUUAUCUGUUUUCUGCUGUGUUUAUGUUCACUCUGUCGUAAUCCCAUGGUGGCAGCACCUGUGACACAUGCACACACUGUAACAUGUGAAAGUCACUUAUUUCAGUUUCUCUACCAAAGACUAAAAAGUAGAUAACAAAACACUUGAAAUCCACUUAUUACGUAAUAACAGACGGGAUAUGCUGAAUUGAAAGUAAGCUACAAAGAGCCUCUUUUAAAUCUUCAGUCGCAGUAAGCACAGCUCGUUGAUGUGACGUUUGACUUUCUUUCUACAAAAGCACAAAAGAAAUUUCACACAAUCAUGGUGCACAAGUUAUUUAUUUACCUACUAACCCUAACUGCUAACCUGUUGUUUUGAACAUUUAUGCACAUUUGGAUUUAAAUUAAUUGUUGGCUUCAAAUAUGCCACACACAAUGAAUAAGCAACAUAUUCUAGCAAAAAGCAGUAUUCCCUAUGAACCACAAACAUAAUGAACAAGAAAUGCUAAAAUCAGCUAUGGCCCAAAGGAUUCAGGAACAAGAAUCCAGUUUCUGGAAUAUUAAACUCAUCAGCUAACUUCCUACAUACACGCACAGGCAAAAACAUGCAUGCACAACAUGCUCAAAUGCACACAUGCACACUUUGUUCUGUAUAUUUGUGGAAUAAUAAACCUCUGGAAGUGUUAUUGAAGCAGUCAAUAACACUAACUUAGUCAUGUCCUAUCAAAUUUACUUUGUGGGACAUAUUUUGUCGAACCUGUUUCAUUUUUGUACACACUGAUUAUGAACAGUUGUGCAAAACUGUCUUCAGGUUCACAUUCAACAUCCUGUUACAUGGAGGAGAUUACCUUUAUUUAUUAUUUUUUUAAUCACAAUAUUCAAAGCCAUGGUGUUAAGGGUUAAAUGGACUAUAUUUAUAUUCCUGUAUAUUUGCAGUGUAUGUAGGUGUGAGUAACAACAAAGAUUUAUCUUUUAAAAGUGACCAGUAUAGAUAUACUGUAUAUUUUCUUCUUGUGUGAUGCUUAUUUAAAAUUGUAUAUUUAAAGACUUAUCUAUUUUGUAGUUUGUGUAUCCAGUUCUCGUUGUGAGAGGUGGAGGUGACGUGUGUGAUGUGAUGUGUAGUCUUACAUGGGCAGCAGCUGGUUCUUGUGUUCAUCAGAGCUGUGUGUUCUGCUGGCUGCACCUGGUGUUAGAAAACAUCCACUCACCUGUCUCCACUUUAGGUUUACUGGUCUAAUUGUUUGUAGCCACGCUAGCACCACCUGCGUUUUCCACUUAUAGUUUACCAUGAAUCCAUUGGCUUCUCAUUAGAAUGUUAGGAAGAUUAACAUACUAACAACAUUUUAAAUAUUAUGUGGAAUGUCAGUCCUGAUACAUCCAAUGGUUACGUUAGCUUGUUAGCAUGUUAUCAUGUUAUCAUGAUGCAUGUCUGUAAAGAUGUUAAUGAGCUUUCAGCUGAAAUUAAGCGUUCAAUUGAUUGCAGAAUGUGAAAAACAAUGCAAGAAAAAAAUGUGAGUCUCGGUUAUCCCCCUUCUAGCCUUGUGAUCAUUUAAAUAACCUUAAAUGAACAACAUUUACAGUGGAAUUUGGUGCUGUUUAUUAAUAAUUCAAAUCAGACACAAAGAAACUGUGUAGAGGCUAUCUCCUUUUAAAUUAGCUUCGUUAAAUCUUUUUGUGUUUAUUUGAUAGAACAGGCAGUGUAUUUGCCUUUAUA